AACACACUGCAUCACACGUCCCCCUGGCUGUUAGCCCUCUGCCACCGAGAGGCCUCUGAUCUGUGGAUUAGUGGAGGGAAAUGUCUGACACCGUCAAACCUCUGACCUCCUUCCUCAUUGAGGACAUCCUCUCUGUUAAGGACGGCACUGGAUUUAAUGAAAAAUGCAGCUCACAGAAGAUGGAAAGAUGUUCACAGUGGAAAGAAGAAUCUGAAAAGUUGUCAGAGCAACUUGGAGUGCAGACAGAGUCUCUGGACCCAUCCUGUCCCAGCACCUCAGAGUCCAGCAGUUUUUCCUCGACAGGCAAACAGAAGCGCUCCAGAGCUGCGUUUACACACCUCCAAGUGCUCGAACUGGAGAAGAAAUUUAACGACCAGAAAUACCUCUCCGCCCCAGAGAGGGCUCACCUGGCCAGCACCUUAAGACUAACCGAGACCCAGGUGAAAAUCUGGUUUCAGAACAGGAGGUACAAGACGAAACGAAAGCAGCAGACGUCAGAGUUCUGUCAGGACGCGUACGAAGCGGAGGGACUGGGCCUGAGAGACGAGCUGGUCCGAUCAUCACUGCUCACCUCCUUCUGCAAAACUUACCAAUACAGACCCUACAUGUGGGACUACAGUGGCCCCUGGGGGUCGACGUUAUGGUGAAAGUGAAAUGAUGGAUGAAGCUAUGAGAUAUUUAGGCUCUAUGUUCACUAUCGAAGUUGAUUCUUUGUACUUUGGCAUUGAUUUUGAACCUUCGUGUACCAUCUGAAAUGAUUUGGUUCACACAUUCUGUAAUUUUUCAUGCUUUAAGAAAAAAGAUGUUAUGCAAAAUCAUACAAAUCGAGUGAUGAUGGACAUGAUGACGGUUUGCACAAUGAAACAUUUGAUCACUGAUGUCAGUUGCAGCAUUGUUGAUUAAUUCAUUAUUAAAUUAAUGUUGACACAUUUUA